AUGGUAUACAGGAAGAACCUCUUGGGAUUUAAAGCAAACCUCUCUCUUCUGAGGCGACCCGGGGAGAAGACCUAUACUCAGCGUUGCCGUUUGUUUGUUGGGAAUUUGCCUGCUGAUAUAACAGACGAAGACUUUAAGAGAUUGUUCGCUAAAUAUGGGGAGCCAGGAGAGGUUUUUAUCAACAAAGGGAAAGGCUUUGGAUUCAUUAAAUUGGAAUCUAGAGCUCUUGCAGAAAUUGCGAAGGCAGAACUGGAUGAUACCCCCAUGCGGGGUCGACAGCUCCGUGUUCGGUUUGCCACACAUGCUGCUGCUCUUUCAGUGCGCAAUCUUUCACCCUAUGUGUCUAACGAGUUGCUGGAGGAAGCUUUUUCCCAGUUUGGUCCAGUGGAAAGAGCUGUUGUGAUUGUAGAUGACCGAGGUAGAUCAACAGGAAAAGGCAUUGUUGAAUUUGCAUCAAAGCCAGCUGCAAGAAAAGCAUUUGAACGGUGUACUGAGGGAGUGUUUUUGUUGACAACCACUCCUAGGCCAGUUAUUGUGGAACCAUUGGAGCAACUGGAUGAUGAAGAUGGUCUUCCAGAAAAGCUUGCUCAGAAGAACCCGAUGUAUCAAAAAGAAAUGGAGCAACCUCCCCGUUUUGCUCAGCCUGGCAGCUUUGAAUUUGAAUAUUCCCAAAGGUGGAAAUCUUUAGAUGAAAUGGAAAAACAGCAGAGAGAGCAAGUGGCAAAAAACAUGAAAGAUGCCAAGGACAAACUUGAAAGUGAGAUGGAAGAUGCUUAUCAUGAGCAUCAGGCAAACCUCUUGCGGCAAGACCUCAUGAGGCGCCAGGAGGAGCUGCGGCGUAUGGAAGAGCUCCAUAACCAAGAAAUGCAGAAACGCAAGGAAAUUCAGCUGAGGCAGGAGGAGGAGCGUCGCAGGCGGGAAGAGGAGAUGAUGAUACGUCAGCGGGAGAUGGAAGAACAAAUGAGAAGACAGAGGGAAGAGAAUUAUAGUAGAAUGGGUUACAUGGAUCCAAGGGAGAGAGACAUGAGAAUGGGUGGUGCCACCACAAUGAACAUGGGAGAUCCUUACGCUUCUGCAGCCCAGAAAUUCCCACCUCUUGGAGGUGGUGGCGGCAUAGGUUAUGAAGCUAAUCCAGGAGUUGGCCAAGCAGCCAUGAGUGGUUCUAUGAUGGGAAGUGACAUGGUGAAGAUGAAGGCUGAAUGAAACUGGAGUGCUCAUCCAUGGAAGUUCAGGAGCUGAGCAUGAGCACAUCCAGCAUGAUGCCCAGUGAUAUCUGGAUGGACCAAGAUACCAAGCGAACAAAAGAAGAUGAAGUCAAUGCAGUGAAGAGGAGCCAGGAGCAUACAAUUAAAAAAAAUAA